UCUCUCUCUCUCUCCACAAGGAGCAAAGAGGAGAUGGCCAAGUCGUGUAAAGGCCUGGCGAUGGAGCUCGUCAAAUGCCUCAGCGAAUCCGAUUGCGUGAAGGUUGAUAAGCGAUCAUACAGGGAAUGUGCUGGAGAAAAGGUGCCUUCCAUAUCAAGUGAAUGUGUAGGCCUUAGGGAAACAUAUUUCAACUGCAAGAGAGGCCAGGUCGACAUGAGAGCACGGAUACGUGGGAACAAAGGCUACUAGAUAAAGUUCAUUUUUACCUGAUACAAGCUUUCUGCCUGGUGUCUUGAAAGCUUUCUUUGUUAGGAUGAGAAGGGUUGUUUUAAGCAGCUGGAACUCAAGUUAAUAAAAUCAAACAAUUAGGACAGAGCUAUCUGGCUUACAUGCAAUCUUUCUGUGUAUGUCAACCUUUGUAAUGGAUUGUUUUACGUAGGGCGAUAAGUACUAUCUUGCUAUUGACUGUGAUCUCGAGUAGUUUAUGGGGACCAUUUUAUGCUAAUGAUUCCCAUGUCUCUGGUUAUGUGUUUGGUAUAAUAAUAUAGUAUGAUCUUCAAAUUUGUAGGACUGAAA